AGUAUUAUAACCUAAUCUAAAAUAAUCUACUCAUACUCCCCCCUUCGUUUUCUUCUUCUUCUUCGGGGUUACCAGCCGCCGCCGCCGCCGUUCCCACGCCGCCAUUGUGCUCAGACCACCGUCUCAACUCAGCCGACGACCAGCCGUUGAUCGUUGCCGUCGUGUCGCGCGCCGUUUACCUGCGCCAGCCGCGGACGUCAGCCAGCCGUCCGUCCACCGCCAUCCACUGCCAGUCGCCAUCGUUGCCGAGCGCGGCCGCCGUGAGUUCGCCGGAGUUGGUUUUUGGGUAAGAUUUUGGUGAGUUUUGGGUUUUGAGUGUUAGGUUUGAAGUCUUGAAAGGGGGUUCAACAUGCUGUCCAGCAGGGAUUUUGAUCGGUUGGCAAGUUAUUGAUUCGAGCUUUGGAGAUGGUUAGCGCAUUGUGCAGCAAGAUUCAAGAGCAUUUGGCAAGUUUUUGAUUGGGACCUUUGUUUGGAGCUAUUUGGGAUAAAUUUGUGAUCGAGAAUUUUACCUAAAAAUUGGACAUAAUUUUGGUUCACGUACAAUAGUUGAUUCAAGCUUUCUUAAAGGUACAAGUGGAGAUUGAUUUGCUUGGGUAUAUAUAUUUGGGAUUGUUUUUAAGAAAAUUUUCUUUCAAGAGUUUCCAGUGUCAUGCAUUUGAAUGGAAAAGGAAGGGAAUACAGUUUCUGACAAUGAAGAGGUUCCUGGUGGCAAUAUGAGCGUUUUAGGAGCGGGAAAAGAGGUUGUAGAAACAGGAGUGGAGGAUAGAGAGGAGGAGGAGGAGGAAGAGGAAGAAGGAGAGGAAGAAGUGGAGGAUGAAGGAGAGGAUGAUAUUGAAGAAGAAGAUGGUUACAUAUUCAAAUUUAAGGCUGGAGAAAAUCCAUUUGAUUUUGUUGAAGGGACAGAUUUUAGCAUUCAACCAUAUAAAAAAUUUGAGCGCCUUGAAUAUGAAGCUCUUGCUGAGAAAAAGAGAAAAGCUCUUGCAAAUGGUCAGAGUGAGAGAGCUGCAAAGAGGGGCAGGGUAGAAGAUAUUCCUGGUGCAAGCUUUGAUGAAAUUUUGGAAGCUAUGAAUUAUGGAUCCAGGAGGAAGUUAAAGGAGCCUAAAAAAAGAGGUAGACGAAAAGGAUCAAAGAAAAAACUUAAUCGUGAUGUUACAAAGUUGCUUGGUGAUGCAACAUUAUGUUAUGCUCAAGGCCAGCAUGAGAAGGCUGUAUCUAUAUUGCGUCAAGUCGUUCUGCAAGCCCCAGAUUUACCUGAUUCGUACCAUACGCUUGGACUUGUUUACAAUGCAAUUGGUGAUGAUGUAAAAGCCAUGGGAUUCUACAUGCUUGCUGCACAUUUAAUGCCAAAAGAUUCAUCUCUCUGGAAACUGCUAUUUUCAUGGUCAAUUGAUCGAGGUGAUAUUGAUCAAGCAAGCUACUGUCUUUCUAAAGCAAUAAAAGCAGAGCCUGAUGAUAUUGAUUUAUUAUUUCAUCGUGCAUCACUCUACCUUGAGCGUGGAGAUUGUGAAAAAGCAGCUGAAACAUAUGAUCAGAUUCAUCAACAAUGCCUUGGAAAUGUUGAAGCACUCAUGACAGGAGCCAAGCUGUACCAAAAAUGUGGUCAUCUUGAACGUGCAAUUUGCAUUCUUGAGGACUACAUCAAAGAGCAUCCAACUGAGGCUGAUUUAGAUGUGGUUGAUCUUUUAGCUUCUUUAUACAUGGGAAAUAAAGAAUUCAGGAAAGCUCUUGAGCGCAUUGAGCAUGCAGAUGAGGUGUACUGUGCAGGAAGUGAGCUACCUUUAAAAUUGACAACUAAAGAAGGAAUCUGCCACGCUCAUCUUGGAAAUAUGGAGAAGGCAGAGUGCCUCUUUGCUAAUUUGGGAUGGGAAACUGCCGAUGAUCACUCAAAUUUGAUGAUUGAAGUUGCAGACUCGUUGCUGAGUCUUAAGCACUAUAACUUGGCAUUGAAGUAUUAUCUCAUGUUCGAAGAAGUAAAUGCUGGAGGAAACAUGGGGAUUUUAUACCUAAAAAUUGCCCAGUGUUACUUAUCAACCAAUGAAAGAGCACAGGCAAUUGUUUUCUUUUAUAAAGUGCUUCAACAUCUUGAAGAUAACAUUAAUGCUCGAUUAACUUUGGCCUCCCUCCUCCUUGAGGAAGCUAGAGAUGAAGAAGCCAUUUCAUUACUAUCUCCUCCAAAAGAUUCAAAUCCAACUAGCUCAUCUUCCAGCAAAUUAAAACCUUGGUGGUUCAAUGAGAAAGUAAAACUGAAGCUUUGCCACAUAUACAAAACUAGAGGAAUGCUUGAGAGCUUCGUUGAGGUGAUCUUUCCUUUGGUCCGAGAGUCCUUAUAUAUUGAGACUCUUCAAGAAAAGAUUAAAGUGAACAAGAAGAAGCUUCCAAAGAGGGUUUUGCUGGAAAGAGUCAAAGUACUUGAUGGACGUGAAUCUGGUAACCUAUUUCGUGGAUUCAGACCUGUAGCUCCUAAAUCAGAUUUAUCAAAAGCGUCCAGAGCAAAGAGAUUGCUUCAAAAGCGGGAAAGAAUCAAGGAAGAAAAGAAGGCUAAAGCACUGGCUGCGGGAGUUGAUGUGAACUAUGAUGAUUUAGAUGAUGAGCCAGCGCUACGGAUGCACCGAGAAUCCCCCCUGCCUAAUCUUCUGAAGGAAGAAGAAUAUCAUAAUCUUAUUGUCGAUUUGUGCAAGGCAUUGGCUUCCUUGGGAAGAUGUUCUGAAGCUUUAGAGAUUAUAAGUCUAACUCUAAAGUUGGCUUUGAACUCAUUAUCCAUAGAAAGGAAGGAAGAACUCCAGUUACUUGGAGCUCAAUUAGCAUUCAGCUCAACUGACACCACGCAUGGUUUCAACUUUGCAAAGCACGUUGUUAAGCAGUACCCUUACAGCAUCUCUGCUUGGAACUGCUAUUAUAAAGUAGCUUCAAGUUUGACGAAUCGAGAUUCAAGGCAUUGCAAGCUUCUGAAUAGCAUGCAAGCCAAAUACAAAGACUGUGCCCCACCCUAUAUCAUUGCCGGGCAUCAGUUUACCAACAUUAGCCAUCAUCAAGAUGCUGCAAGGAAAUAUCUUGAAGCUUAUAAAAUCAUGCCGGAUAGUCCCCUAAUUAACUUGUGUGUUGGAUCGUCCUUAAUCAACUUGGCUCUUGGAUUCCGUCUUCAAAAUAAGCAUCAGUGUGUUGCGCAGGGCUUGGCCUUCCUCUACAAAAAUUUGAAGCUUUGCGAUAACAGCCAGGAAGCCUUGUACAACAUAGCUCGAGCAUAUCAUCACAUCGGACUUGUGACACUGGCUGUUACAUACUAUGAAAAGGUGCUUGCAACGUACCAGAAGGAUUGCCCCAUUCCAGAACUUUUUGGUGAGAAUCGAAACAUCAAGCAUCAGAAAUCAGUCUAUUGUGACCUACGCAGAGAAGCAGCUUACAAUUUGCAUCUGAUUUAUAAAGAGAGUGGAGCUCUUGAUCUUGCUAGACAAGUCCUAAAAGAUCAUUGCACAUUUUAGGUACAAAGCACUUUUUUUGGACAGCAACUAUAUGUAUUAGCAAUAGCAUGUAACAAGAAAUAAAGUUAUCUUAUUUUGAUAGGCACUGCACGUAGUUGAGGAUGUAGGAUAUGGUAGUUGGAAGUGAAAGGAUUAACUAAUUUAACUCUACUGUCAUGUAAAAACUCGGAUAUAUUAUUUUGUGACCGAGUUUAUAAGGAUACACUUGCUUAUGUAUAUAUUAUCAAUGAGGUCACAUAUGAUUCAGUUAAUUUAA